AGGGCAGGAGGGGAAACUGAGGCAGGAAGGGGGCGGGCUGGGCUUGUCUGCUUCAAACAUUUAUGUAGCGCCUACUGUAUACCGGCCUCGAGCUAGACGCUAGGGAUGCGGAAAAAUGGCCGAAGGCACUUCCUACCUCCGCCAGACCCCGCGCUCCACCACGCCCCCUAGCGGCCGCCAUGAAGGGGUCCUCAAACUACGGCCCGCGGGCCAGAUGCCCGGCAGUUGACGUUUAUCCCCCUCACCCAGGGCUAUGAAGUUUCUUUAUUUAAAAGCCCACAAAACAAAGUUUUUGUUUUUGUUAUAGUCCCGCCCUCCAACAGUCUGAGGGACAGUGAACUGGCCCCCUAUUUUAAAAGUUUGAGGACCGGCGGAAGCAGCAUUUGUUGAGCCCCUACACGUGCCGGUGCAGGCGCCGUCUCCUCAGCUCCCUAGCCCGCCUGCUCCGGGGCAGUAAUGUUACGGGGCCCCGCAGGUGGUGAUAAAGCGCUUUGUAACGUCCCUCAGCAGGAAUUACGGCUUUUAAUACCUAAGACCCUCCGCAGAACGCCGGGGAGUUGGGAGCUUUUUCAGCAUGGCGAGUUUAAAUCUCAAGGAGCGGAAACAUGGAUUUGGAAUUGGCAAAACUCCGAGUUUUGCCUGGUCAGAAAUGGGCAUUACGGGUCCUGGAGGAGGGUCAGGAAGGGAGCACGCUCUCUCCCAAUGUCUCUUCCCUGUCCCCCGCAGGUGUCCCAGAAGUGGAUACGCGCCCUGGAGGUAGGUGAGAGCCACGUGCUGCCCUUAGACGAGAUGGGACACGAGACGGUGACCGUGACCCUGAUGGACGCCAACCACUGCCCGGGCUCAGUCAUGUUUCUUUUCGAAGGCUAUUUUGGAACGAUCCUGUACACUGGGGACUUCCGUUUCAGCCCCUCCAUGCUGCAGGAGCCUGCCCUGAGACUCGGGAAGCAGAUCCACACCCUUUACCUGGACAACACCAACUGUGACCCCGCCCUGGUCCUGCCCUCCCGCCAGGAGGCCACCCGGCAGAUUGCAGACUUGAUCCGCAGACAUCCACAGCACGAUGUCAAAAUUGGUCUCUACAGCUUGGGCAAAGAGUCCCUCCUGGAACAGCUUGGUCUGGAGUUCCAGACCUGGAUAGUGCUAAGUCCUCGGCGGAUGGAGGUGGUCCAGCUGAUGGAGCUGGCAGAUGUGUUCACUCUUGAGGAAGGAGCUGGCCGCAUCCAUGCUGUGAAUUGUACUGAGGUUUGCUGGAAUGCCAUGCUGCAGUGGAACCAAAUUCAUCCGACUAUUGCCAUCCUUCCCACAAGCCGGAGAAUCUCUUUCUCCCACCCUGGGAUUCAUGUGGUUCCUUAUUCUGACCACUCCUCUUUCUCUGAGUUGUGUGACUUUGUGUCUGCACUGAGGCCUUGCCAGAUAGUGCCCAUUGUCCAAGGAAGACCUUGUCAGCAUUAUUUUCAGGAAAGCCUGAGUCCCCAGCUACUCCUUGAGCCCCAGGUGCCUCUAUCUGUGCAACAGUACAUGGGGACCUCUUGGAAUACCCCAAAAGCAUGGGGCCGUGUUUGCUUACUAGAGAGAGAACCCAAGAGGCCAAAGACUCAGGGUGUUGUCUUUGAGUCACCUGAGAGAGAAUCUGAUCCACCUCAAACUUUGAGAGAUCACAAGAGACUUAAGCGGGGGAACCUUUUCCCCCAGCAUAGGGACAAUCAGAAAGAGCCCAAUCUCCCUGUUUCACAUGCCAAGGAACAGCUAGGAGAAUCCAACAGUGAGGAGGAAGGAGAUUGGUCGGUACCAUUCUCAUCAGACAAAGCAUUGCAGUUGGAGAAGGCUUCCUUGACUAAAGACUUAGGGCGCCUGAGACCUGUCACACAAAGAGACAGAUCUAAAGAAUUGGGGAAGCAGAGAAAUUCGGGAUCUCAGCAUGUUUGUUGGAGAGAAGAUUGUGGGCCCAGUACCAGCACCAGCAAAUCCAGGGCACCUGAGUCCUGGGUCCUGGCACUAAAAUACCUCCUAACACCCCUGAACUGCCUCCAAAUGAAAUAUUCCGCAAGGAAUUUUGACCACCAAGUGGAAAACUAUUUUAGGAGUAUGGGUGGGGCUACCCAUUUGGAGCUCUUAUCACAACAUAGAUGAGAAACAAAGAUGAA